UAAUUGAUCGCUCGGUCAUCUGAGGGGCUGUAUCCGCUGGGAUUUUUGGUUAAUAUUCAUGCAUCCAGGAACUUUAUGUGUUAAAAUCCAGAGAAAUAAGAACCAUAUAUCGUGGUCUGUGUCUAUCUGUGGAUUGCGAAGACAUUUGAAAUGGACUGUGGAGGCAUUAGAAACUAGUAUGAGGAUCUGUGGUUUUCCUGGAUUGGUGGGAAGGGAAUGGAUGCCGACAGCACAUUGGGCAGCCUCUUUUUGUGUGAUGUUUAUGGUGAUUAUCGAAAUACAGGUUACUUAUUGUUGGUAUUUUUGUCAGAAUAAUUACUGAAGCAAGUUUUUUUGCUUCACAUGAAAGAAGGUAGCUAUUGAUUAACCUAUACAUCAGUAUUCCAACAACUUAAAAACCUCCCAUGUAUUGUGGUUAUGGUGUUUUACAGACUGGCUAUAUUGGCAGCUUUUUCCUGAAUUCAUAAUGGCUUCAAGAGCAAUAUUGCGAAGAAAGAAGUACCUCUUAAAUUCCUUGAAGCAUCCCACACACUUGGUUCAAGUCUUUUCAAGCUUUGAGCAUGACGGAUCAGUUCCGAUUCCUAAUUCAUGGCAUUUCAGCCGGGCUGCAAUUCUACCAUCAGCAAAUACAGAUUGCAGAACUGAAGGAGAUUCAUGUUCUCUAACCAACGAGGAAAAGUUGGCUGUUUCAACCAGUGGAUAUCUGUGGCGUAAUGGUUUUUGUAGGUUUUCAAAUUUGGGUUGUGGGAUUGGAAGAACAGGUUAUGUUCCCCCUUUGGGAGAUUGGUGGGCAUCAGCGUAUGUACACUAUUAUUCCACCAACACAGCUGGCCAACCUGAACUGCGUAGUCAUAAGGAUGGAAAUGAAGAACCAGUUAUCAAACAGAAAAAAGAAGCUUCACCAGAGGAAUGUGACCAAGCAGUUGAAGGUUUGAGCACAGUUAAAGCUAGAGCAAAAGCUAAGCAGCUACAAGAAUCUCAAAAGGGUGCUAAACCUAUAAUGAAGAGAGUAUGGGCUAUGCUUUUAGGAAUUGGUCCUGCUUUUAGAGCUGUUGCUUCUAUGAGCAGGGAGGACUGGGCGAAGAAGUUUCGCCAUGGGAAGGAUGAAUUUAAAUCUAUGUUGCAACACUACUGGUUGGGGACAAAAUUACUAUGGGUUGAUGUUAGGAUAAGCUCAAGGUUACUGUUAAAACUUGCUAGUGGGAAGAGUCUUUCUAGGAGAGAGAGGCAACAGCUCACACGGACGACGGCUGAUAUUUUCAGGCUAGUUCCUUUUGCAGUUUUUAUUAUUGUUCCAUUCAUGGAGUUCUUGCUACCAGUGUUCCUGAAAUUGUUUCCCAACAUGUUGCCAUCAACCUUCCAGGACAAGAUGAAAGAGCAGGUAAUCAAUGUUGUGGUUGUUACCAAAUAUCGUACAACUGCUAUAGGCCCAACUUUUGUAGUAUGUUAG